AUGCCCUUCUUUGCCUUCUUACGAUGCGGCGGCCCCUCUUCAACGGGCCGCCGCACCCGCCGGGGAGAGUCGGCCUUCGAUACUCGCUCGCCGCGUUCGUCAGCAGUACCUUUGAGAAGUGACGAUUGCCAUCCAGUGGCCCGCUGCUCAGAGAAGGGUUCCGGGUUCCUUGGCGUCCCUGGCUUGAGUUUCUUCGGCUCGAAGGAAUCACAGGCCCCAGCAAGCGAGCCCCCCCCAAAAGCAACGGAAACGCAAGAGAAAGCUCGUCAAGAUGCAGUCGCAAGGGAGAAUGAGGAAGUCCCAGAACCUGCAAAGAAGCCACAGCUCACACAGCCGAUCCCUUUCGAACAGUUUGGUCGGGAGUGGAUGAACAUCUCCGGUCAAGAUACGUUUGAUGGGUUUCGUCUAGAAGGUGCAAAGCAGGUAAACAAGUACCUUCAGACAUGCCAUAGCUUCUGCCUCGGCACGCAGUUACGCGAGUCGGGGUACUCGUAUCAGUUCGGGCCAACUCUGGCGAUCUCAGCUCCACCAGAUCCAAGUCAAGGAGAGAACGCACAGCCUCCCCCACCCCAUUUCUUUGCAAUGGCAAAGCUCGGUACAGAUGGGUCGCUCCAAGGCAGGCUCAUCAAGACCCUCUGCCAGAGCGCUGACUUCAAGUUAAACUUCAAUUCUUCGCUGAAAGACGAGCAGCGAAAUUUUUAUGAAAUUUCUCUCGAUAACACAGGCCAGGACUGGGCCUCGUCCCUGAAGCUUGCUUGGCAAUGCCGGUUGCGAGAUAACUUACGUGGCAAGUGCAACCCCCCCGUAUAUCCCUUCGAGCAACAAUAUGUGAUGAGUUUGUUUGGGGCGAACGGCGCCUCAAUGCUGGCUUUGGGGGGCCGCUACAACCUGGACAAGCAAUCGGUUAUUUCAUGCAAUCUGAGCCAACAGCCAGAUUUCAAGUCCCCUGCGGGUCUAACCAAGCUUACGCACAGUUGCAAAGUGCAGUAUACUAGAAAGGUCACUGACCGGCUUUCCAUGGGAACCGAGUUGGAAUAUAGCCAUCCGGAAACUGAAUCUGCUCUCAGGCUGGGCUGGGAGUAUCUCUUUCGGCAGGCUCGAGUUCAGGGCCUUAUAGACACAUGCGGGCGCGUUUCAGUCUUCGCACAAGAUUAUAACGGAUUCGGCGUAAGCGGGCUGAUAGACUAUUGGCGGGGUACUUACAAAUUCGGUUUCUUGAUGCACGUCGUACCCCCGCCAGAUGCAGCACCACCGCAGUCAGGCUAA